UCAGCAUGGUGGAACACGCAGAGUUCCUGAACGCCGGGAAGGAGCCCGGUCUUCAAAUCUGGAGAAUCGAGAAGUUUGACCUGGUCCCAGUGCCCAGAAAUCUUUAUGGGGAUUUCUUCACCGGAGAUGCCUACGUCAUCCUCAACACCAUCCGCCAGCGCAAUGGGAAUCUGCAGUACGACCUUCAUUUCUGGCUAGGGGACCAAUGCAGCCAGGACGAGAGUGGAUCCGCUGCCAUUUUCACAGUGCAGCUGGACGAUUACCUUGGAGGGAGGGCAAUUCAGCACCGGGAGGUACAAGGGCAUGAAUCGUCCACUUUCACGGGGUACUUCAAUCAGGCAUCAAAUACAAGGCUGGAUGGUGGUGUGGCUUCUGGCUUCCGCCACGUGGUGCCCAAUGAAAUGACUGUCCAGAGACUCCUUCAGGUCAAAGGAAGGCGAACAGUACGUGCUACAGAGGUACCCGUCAGCUGGGACAGCUUCACAUCCGGUGAUUGCUUCAUCUUGGAUCUGGGCCAGAAUAUUCACCAGUGGUGUGGCUCACAAAGUAACAAGUUUGAAAAGCUGAAGGCCACCCAAGUCGCCAAGGGGAUCCGGGAUAACGAGAGAAGUGGACGCGCAAGGGUCUAUGUCAUAGAUGACGGUGCUGAGCGGGAAGAGAUGCUUCAGGUUCUGGGACCCAAGCCCACCCUGCCAGCAGGCACUACUGAUGACGGAGUAGCUGACACAACCAGAAGGCUGGCUAAGCUGUACAAGGUAUCCAACAGCGCAGGGAACAUGGCGGUCUCUCUGGUGGCUGAUGAGAAUCCAUUCUCUCAAUCAGCCCUGAGCUCGGAUGAUUCCUUCAUUCUUGACCAUGGCACUAAUGGCAAAAUCUUUGUCUGGAAAGGUAGAAAUGCCAAUGCUGAGGAAAGGAAGACUGCCUUGAAAACCGCUGCAGAAUUCAUCACCAAGAUGGGUUAUCCCCGACAUACACAGAUCCAAGUCCUUCCAGAUGGUGGCGAAACUCCUCUGUUCAAGCAGUUCUUCAAGAAUUGGCGUGACAGGGACCAGACAGAAGGCUUGGGUGCGGGCUACAUCAAUUCUCACGUGGCCAAGAUUGACAACAUUCCUUUCGAUGCUGCCACACUACACAACUCCCCAACAAUGGCAGCCCAGCAUGGCAUGGAAGAUGAUGGCACUGGAAACAAACAGAUCUGGAGAAUAGAAGGUUCUGCCAAAGUCCCAGUGAGUCCCUCAAAUUACGGACAAUUCUAUGGUGGGGACAGCUAUAUCAUCCUGUAUGAUUACAGACAUGGUGGAAAACAAGGCAAAAUCAUCUACACUUGGCAGGGCGCUGAUUCCACCAAAGAUGAAAUCGCAACCUCUGCUUUCCUUACUGUCCAACUGGAUGAGGAGCUGGGAGGCAUUGCAGUGCAGAAACGAGUGGUCCAGGGCAAAGAACCGCCUCACCUCAUGAGCUUGUUCGGUGGGAAGCCUCUGAUCGUGUACCAAGGUGGCACCUCCAGAGGAGGUCAGACAAGUCCUGCAUCCACAAGGCUCUUCCAAGUCCGGUCCAGCACAUCUGGCACAACCAGAGCUGUAGAGGUGGAUGCGGCUGCUAAGGAGCUCAAUUCCAAUGAUGCCUUUGUGUAAACCCCCUCUACUGCUUACCUGUGGGUGGGCAAUGGAGCCAGUGAGGCCGAGAAGUCUGGGGCCAGAGAGCUACUGAAGGUCUUGGGAGCACGUGCAACCGAAGUCUCUGAAGGCGGAGAACCAGCUGGUUUCUGGGAAGCACUUGGUGGAAGAGCUGCCUAUCGCACCUCCCCACGGCUAAAGGACAAGAAGAUGGAUGUUCACCCACCUAGACUGUUUGCCUGCACCAACAAGAGUGGGCGCUUUACUAUUGAAGAAGUACCUGGAGAGCCGACCCAAGAGGAUUUGGCCACAGAUGAUGUGAUGCUCUUGGAUACCUGGGACCAGGUCUUUGUUUGGGUUGGAAAAGACGCGAACGAGGUGGAGAAGGCAGAGGCUCAAACAUCAGCCAGGAAAUAUAUUGAGACCGACCCUGCCAAUCGUGACAGAAGAACUCCCAUCACACUCAUCAGACAAGGGUUCGAACCACCCACCUUCACUGGCUGGUUCCUUGGCUGGGAAGAUGAUUACUGGAGCACCGAUCCUCUGGAUAGGGCCAUGGCUGAGCUGGCUGUGUAAAAGGAACAGCUUUUCUUUUUUUAAAAAAAAAUACAUAUAUAAAAGUUCAGUGCCUUCACUGCCUUUAAAGAGCUACUCCUUUCCUCUUCCACCAGCUGCAGAAUUAUGUCACUCUUUUUAAAAUAAUAAUAAUAUAAUAACAAAUAGCCUAAGUAGCUGUGCAGUACCUGAAUCUCACCAUGAACUGUACUGGCUUUUCUGCUGCUUUGAAAAUGGUCUUUAAUAAAGCUUAUGUGGAAACUCA